ACACGAGGAAACAUGAAGUAUCAGUGCGCUAUCAAACACGACAUCUUUAAAGAGUUCCUGGCCGAGUUUCUGGGGACGUUUGUGCUGGUGUUGGUGGGUUGUGGUUCUGUGGCUCAGACGGUGUUGAGCAGAAACUCUUUGGGCGAGCCUCUGACCGUUCACAUCGGCUUCAGCACCGGACUCAUGAUGGGAGUUUAUGUGGCCGGUGGCGUCUCCGGCGGUCAUCUGAAUCCGGCCGUGUCUCUGGCUAUGGCGAUUGUGGGAAAGCUGAAGAUCUGGAAGUUUCCCGUCUAUGUCCUGGCACAGUUUCUGGGAGCGUUCGCAGGGGCGGCCGCGGUCUUUGGGCUCUAUUAUGAUGCUUUCAUGGACUUCACGAACGGAAUCCUGUCAGUGACGGGCAUUAAUGCCACCGGGCACAUUUUCACAUCUUAUCCUGGAAGACACCUGACAGUACUGGGGGGAUUCGUGGAUCAGGUGUUUGGCACAGGAACGCUGGUGCUCUGUAUUCUGGCCGUCACUGAUGUUGGCAAUAUCGGAGCUCCUAAAGGGGUGGAGCCUCUGGCGAUUGGUCUGAUUCUUCUGGGCAUCAGCGUUUCUAUGGGGCUGAACUGCGGUUACCCGCUGAACCCCGCUCGAGACCUGGGCCCGCGACUCUUCACCGCUCUGGCCGGCUGGGGGACGGAGGUGUUCAGCACUGCAGGUUACUGGUGGUGGAUUCCAGUUGCCGGGCCGCUGGUGGGGGGCGUGGUCGGUGCCGUGAUCUACUUCCUGUUGAUCGAGCUGCAUCACUCCAAAGACACGGACAAACCUCACGAAGAACCAGAAGAAGAAGAAGAGGAUGAAGAGGAUGACAUCAGCCUGAAGGACAAAUAUGAGAUGAUCAACAUGAGCUAAACUCAGUGAUGAAGACUGACAGAAGAAACGGGUUUUCAUGCAAAUAAAUGUUCUGGGUUCAGUAGUCAAACAUCACGUUUGCAGUCCAUAUAGAGCGAGAUGGUGUUUUUGUUCAUCAGAAUGACUUUCUGUGGUUAUUUUAUUUUAUUGUACUGAACUCAGAACAACAUACUGAUGAUGGGUGAAAAUCUGUCCAGAUGACAAUGUAAGCAAAACGAUCAAUGACCAAAGAUUAUAUUCAUAUUAUAUUCUGUAUGAAGGAACUCGACAAAUAUUUCAUUGUUUGCAUUUUAUUAAGGAAGUAAUCCAGUCAUUAUAACAACCUACAUACAGGUCUUCUUUCACGUGUGUGAGACGGGGUGUAGCAGCCAUUUUAAAAGUGGGGGGACAGCUGGCAGGUGAUGUGUCCCUCAAAGGCCAAACAAAUUAUGCACACACAUGUUCAUAUAAUAAAUUCUAUACAGAAUACCAGCUGGUAUUUUAGAGCACCCUAGUAGCAAUUUUGGGAAAAUGCCAUGAUAGCAAAUCGCCUACCAUAGUUAACACCAUUGGAACAAACUGCCAUUACCAUAUAACCAAUUUUAUUUAACAUUUUGAACAUAAAUAUAUACAGUAUAUUAAAGCAAUAGGGUUAUAACA